AUGGCCCCAACCACCACACCCAGAAUCCGUCGCACGGCGCAGAAUACCCAGUUUACAUACAAUCUGUCGCGCCGCGUAAACGAUGUUCAAACAUACCCCAUCCAAUCUCCUCAAGGAGCUAACAUUUUAAUCUACGGACACGACAACGGUGUGACUUUGGUCUGGCGAGGUGGUCGACGAUUCAAAGCUUCCAAGGAGGCAGCGCCGCAGCAGACAAACCAGAAGGAGCAGAGAAACGGAGCUACUGAUGAUGCUGUCAUGAUUAUCGAUUCGGACGAUGAUGAGCCACCAGCCAAGUCACAAGCUGCCCAAGGCUAUGUCGACAAGCCUGAAUUCGAAGAUGCCGUUGAAAAGACACCCUACCCCGAGAUUGUCCAGACACUGGACCUGGCAUUUGGAACUUCUGUAUUGAAGGUCGCUGUAAUGCCUCUGGUGCCCUGCUCGUCAGCCGAGGCGGGCUCCAACGGCGAGCCGAUCUUGGCGGAAAGGAUGAUAUUCGCGGUUUCUUGUGCCACAAACGAUGUCUAUCUUGUCACGCUACCUCUGACUCCACCAUCACCCGAAAGCAAGGCGCGGCCGGAAUUGAGAGCGGACCUCUUGGCUGGACAAGCUGGCUCUGGUUCCUGGGGUGAGUCGCUGACUCUUCUUGGUGGCCAGACAAAACACAGUGAGGGAUUGGCCAUCACCAUGGUUGCUCCAAAGUCUAUUGAUUCAUCAAAGAAGCCGCUUAGAGCGGUGGUGGCCGCCUUUUCAAGGCAGGCGUCGGGAGUUUUACAUCUGUGGGACCUUGCACUGGACGACAGGUCACCCUCCCAGCGGCCCGUCGAGCCCUUUCAGAGCGAAUUCUUACCUGCUCCCCUAACCAGCAUCUCAUUCAACCCGACAAAUACGUCUCAGCUCCUUGCGGUGUCGUCGCCACAUGCUGUAAGGAUAUAUGACUUUGCACAAGCUUCGUUGCCCUCCGACCCAGAUGCCCGAGGCCCCUUCCCCACCCAAGGCUCGUGGCUGCUCUCGCUAUACCAGCCAUUUACUAAAACAUCUUCCUCACGAAAACCGAUAUUGGAUGCUGCAUGGAUAGCGCAUGGCCGAGCAGUCUUUGCUUUAUUGACGGAUGGCAUGUGGGGUAUCUGGGAUAUUGAAGGAGCGAAACCGCUGCAAUCGGGAGCUGCAUUGUCAAACAAGCUGAAGUCGGGUGUUCAGGGGGCUGCAUUGACUGCCUUUAGUGUCUCGGGAUACGUCGAAGGAACUGGCUCCCUUCGCACCAUCGCGACGCAGCAAAAGGAGAAGCAUGCCGGUGAAUUUGCACCCAUGACACCCCAUACCCGCAAGCAGGCUGCCGCAUCCCUGACAAGCACCACCGCCGCAAGUGUUGAUCGUCUAUUCGCGGUCCGCGGUGGUGUAAAGUCUAUCGGACUCCCUUACACUCCCGGCAAGGCACUCCAAGACGAAAGCCUGGCUCUAUGGAUAGGAGGCUUAGAGAACGUCUGCGUCAUUCCGGGUGUUUUAAGAUUCUGGGACUCACAACUUCGAAGAGGAUCCGGCGGUGGGGUUAACUUGUUCAGCGGCGCUCAGCCUACCAGAAUGCUGAAACUGGUUGACCUUUCUACAGGGCUUUUGGGAGAAAGAUGUUGUGGAGUUGGUCUGAUCCCAGACUCGUCAAAGAAUGACGAGGACAUUCCCGAUGAUGGCGGCCUCCCAGUGGACGUCUUGAUUCAAGGAGAGUCGAGGAUCGUCAUUGUGCGAGAGGGAGAAGACGGCCCGGGAAGAAAGAUUGGCGCCGUCGUUGCUAGCCACAGGAAACGUCUGUUCUCGAGGAGUGACAAGGAGGCCAUCAUUGUUCACGGAAAGCAAGAUAGAUCGGCAGGCCUGUCGUUCAACCUGAGUACGGUGAAGCCCGGAACUCUGAGGCUGAAGCCGUCUGCCAGAGACGAGCUUGAUGGAAACGGAAACGGCAAUGGAAACGGAGCCGGUGAUAGGUCGGAUGACGCGCCAACCCCGACAACUAGGGCGCGUGCUGGCUUUGGAUUCACCGACACCUUGAGCGCAGCAGCAGACAUCAGCGCCGAUUUCACUACCCGAGAUGUGGAGGCGGAAAUGCUCGAUAUCAUGGAGAUUGACCAAGCCCUUAACAACAUGGAAGAUUACAGAGGCAGCGGGAGGAAGAAGGUGUUUUUCGAGGAGGACUGA